CAAGCUGUGCAUUCAGCAAAUAUAACCUGGUGAGCAGAGUCCCUGUCGCCCACUCAGCAAGAGGGGAGCUGACCUCCCACUGCCUGCAAGCAAUGGACAUAGAGAAAGUCAACUCCAUGGACUUUCGAGAAUUUGUGGAUGUAUUUGGGAAUAUCAUUGAGAGAUGUCCUCUGAUUGCAGCUGCUGUUUGGUCCCAGAGCCCAUUCUCUGACUGGAAAGAUUUAGAGAGGCACUUUUCUGCCUUUAUUGAUGCUCUGCCACAGUCAGGUCAGGAGGGCGUCCUGCGCUGCUACCCGGACCUGGCGGGCCACGAGCUGCAGCGGGGCACGCUGACUGGCGAGUCACUGCGGGAGCACAGCGUCGCGGGCCUGACGAGCUUGGGAGAGGACGAGCGGCUUCGGCUGGCUGAACUCAACGCGCAGUACCGCGCGCGCUUCGGCUUCCCCUUCGUGCUGGCCGCGCGCCUCAGCGACCGGGAGAUCGUGUUCCGCGAGCUAGGGCGCCGGCUGCACUGCCCAUCUGCGCUGGAGCUGCGCACAGCGCUGGGCGAGGUGAAGAAGAUCGGCCGCCUGCGGCUCGCCGACCUCUUCGGCGUCGACCCUGCCCGACUGUAGAGGCCGCGCGCGCCCAGGCGCGGGACGCGCGGAGACCGCGACCCUGCACCACGCGCCCUGGGCGGGAGGCUGGCACAGUCCUGCACCCGCGUCCGCCGCGCACACAAGGAAGGGGAAGAUUGAGGCAAUCAAACGAAUAAUGAGUCCUUUUGUUCACCGCCCCCUCUCGCACGAUUUGCCAAAAUAUCUAUGUAUUUUCGUGCUUUGCCCCAUUUAUCCAGCUCACUGCUUCAAUUCUUCACUCCCUUUGCGGCCCGUUGACACCACCAGCGUUUGCGGUUUCCAAAGUGCUUAUCCAGCUCUGGCUGCAUACCCUUUCCUGCUAAGCUGGAGUUGCCAAGCAAAAUGGACGGAAAAUUAACCCUUUAUUCCAUAGAGGUUUGCCUGUUUGUUUUUCUUCUCUCACCUUACUUGCUACACCGACAUUUACAUGUGAGCGGAGCGGCAUUCUCGCUCUGGGGCAGGUUAGGAGCCCGUGCAAGGAAAGCAAGCGCGGGUCUCAGUCUGCGGCGCCGGCGCCGCGCGCCAAGGACGCCAAGUUUGGGAAAGCUGGGUGGGAGAGAGCACCGCGAUAGGCCAGCGCUGGGAACGUGCUCCUUGGGGCAGGUCUCUCCUGGAGGUAGGCUCCUCAGAACCUCAGACUGCCCAGGAAACCCAUUACUCAUUUUAAA